AUGGUUGAAAGAAAGCCUGGAUUCUGGAGGCUUCAGGAAUCUCCACAUAUGGACCCAAUCGUACCAUUCAGUCAGAAAACGAUGCUAUGGAGUGAAGAAGGACUCGAAAAAUGCAAGAAAUAUGUGGAAAUGUUUUCACAAAUGCAUCCAAAUAUUGCUGAUUCUGAGGCCAAUUCAUUGGAUGAAUAUUACGAGAAUUCAAGAAGAAAUUCAUUGAAGGCCUCAACACUGUCUGACAAUUACUCGUCAACCGAUGUCUCGUCACAGACAUCGAUGGCUUCAAAAGAUAUCAGCAAUACAUCAGAAGACUCUUCACAAACACAGACAAUCCCAAGAGAUGUGAGCUAUACAUCUAAAGACUCUUUUGGUAAAAGUGAUGACAACUCAACAAAGAGUUCUGCAAAGUCUGUGAUUUCUGAAAGCAGUGACGGAACCAUAUCUUUAGUCCUUUCAAAAGAUGGAUUUUCAAAGAGUCCCGACUCGUCUGCCGAGUCUUCAGUUGUCGGUUUCAAUGCGUCCACAAAUACAUCGGUUAUUAGUCUGCAGUCAUCUUUAAUGUCCUCAGAAUCGGACGCCUCUUCUGGUAGUCCUGUGAUGGCGGCGACCAUGAGAUCCACUCUCAGCACAAGAAAGUCUAAACAGUCGCCACUCAGUGAAAGUCCAACCAAUGUCUCGGAAAUUGACUCGUAUUUUGGACAACAGUUUCAUCAAAAACUGAUUAUGCCGAUUAUUAACCGCUAUUUUGUAUACCAAAUACUACGCGGUUUAAAAUACAUACACUUGGCUAACGUACUGCACCGGGACCUCAAGCCCAGCAAUAUAUUAGUGAACUCCACGUGCGAACUAAAAAUCUGCGACUUUGGACUGGGCCGGGUGGCCAACCCCAACUACGACCAUACCGGUGCCCUCACUGAAUACGUGGCCACUCGAUGGUAUAGGGCGCCGGAGAUUAUGCUCAACACCGAGAUGCUCGACAAUCGGCCCCUAUUUCUAGCCUUAAACUAUGUGGAUCAUCUGAAUCGCAUACUGGACGUAUUAGGGUCGCCAUCGGUCCACGACUUGAACUGCAUAAUCAACCCGAGAACCCCGACAUACAUCCAGUCCCUACCUUUCAGACUAAAGUUAACCUGGGUUCAAAAGUAUCCCGAUGCUAAUCCGUAUGCCUUGGACCUGUUGGACCGGAUGUUAACAUUUAAUCCGUGGCAACGAAUUACGGUGGACGAGGCACUGGCCAACCCCUACCUCCGUGAGUACUACGACCCACAGGACGAACCGGUACCCGACCAGCCCUUUACUUUUGAGAUGGAGUCGGACGACCUCCCAAAGGAGGUGCUGAGGGAACUGGUGGUAGAGGAGACGUUCAGGUUUCAUACUCGACCAUAUAAUUUAGUAGCAUGA